UUGGGUGUUCACAAGUUGUCGGGCCACCGUGGCGCACAGGGUGAUCCGCGUUCGCGCAAACACACGUCGUCGCGAUCCCGUCGCGCUGCGUUCCGUUCUGUGGACAGAAAGACGCGGCACACGCGCACCACGUCGUGUCGUGAGUCAUUGUUGUGUUGACAGUCGAAGCAGCCGGGCAGGCGGGACAGAGUACAAGGAGUUGCAGGCAGGCGAGCAGACGGGCAGACAGGCAGGUUGCCGCUCCUCUGCGGGCCGGCUGUCGUUGCUGUCGACGUAGUAAGUUGCCGGACGUGCGUCAAAUAUCGCUCGUCUUCUGCGCCGAUUUCGGUCGACUCGCUCGUACGUGCCGCCGGUGGUUGGUGCGCGAUACGCCGAGUGUGACGUGACAGUCCCGUGAGACGGUGGGACGGUCGGAGGUGCGGCGUGGAGUAAGAAGAGACGGCGGUCGUACCGCGAGUGAAUUUUUGCGUACAGUCGCGCGCGGCUGUUAUGUAAUCACUCCGCAGCGCGGAGCAAAGUGUUUGCGCGUUGACGUAGGCACAGAGGAAGGAGAGACUGAGAGAGAGAGAGAGAAAGAAGACGGAGAACGUCGCAGAACUCGUUGACGUGUUGAAACUCCAGGAAAGUCCGUCGUUGUGUUCAACAUUUCGGGCCGGAUAAGAGAGUCGCGCAACUCCCGGGGAAACCGGCCGUUUUCUCGUCCGGAGGCCAGAGACCAAAAGAAGUCGAGGGUGAAACCUCGGUUGUUUCUAAUCGAGGCGAGUUAACCAGCCCGGCGGUAUCGAUGGUGCGCAGCCUGACGAUGGAGCAGACGUUCUACGAGGACGCGAGCGUCUACGCCGCGAUGAACGGUCGCGAGAACAGCAUGGGCCAGCUCAAGCGGAACCUCACGCUGGAUCUGAACGGCUGCCAGAGGCCGGGGCCGCAGGCGAAGAGGCCGCGGCUGGGCCCACUGCCGCCCGCCCCGAACAACGUCAUGCCGAUCCUAAGCUCGCCGGAUCUCAACAUGCUGAAGCUGGCCUCGCCGGAGCUCGAGAAGCUGAUCAUGACGCAGCCGGACGGUCUGGUCACCAGUCUACCCACCCCGACCACGCAGAUCCUGUUCCCCAAGGCGGUCACCGAGGCCCAGGAGAUGUACGCGCGAGGCUUCGUCGACGCGCUGAACGAGCUUCAUCACUCCGACAGCUCGCAGGAACCCGGCAGCAUGCACGGCGCCACGUACACGACACUGGAGCCGCCCGGUAGCGUGCAGAGCACGGAAUCAACCAUGAGCAACUCCGGCCUGGUGCACGUCAAGGACGAGCCGCAGACGGUGCCGAGCGUGUCGAGCACGCCGCCGAUGUCGCCGAUCGACAUGGAGAAUCAGGAGAAGAUCAAGCUGGAGAGGAAGCGGCAGAGGAACCGCGUGGCCGCGUCCAAGUGCCGACGGCGCAAGCUCGAGCGCAUCUCCAGGCUCGAGGACAAGGUCAAGCUGCUCAAGGGCGAGAACAGCGAGCUGAGCGGCAUCGUGCACAAGCUCAAGGAGCACGUGUGCCGGCUCAAGGAGCAGGUCAUGGACCACGUGCACGCCGGUUGUCAUCUCAUGGGUGUCGGUAACCAGCACCAGUUUUGAAGCUCCCAAUCGUCCUUCCUCCCUGGCCGAGGAUGACGAACGUUAAACCCUCGCGGGUUCGCUGUCACCGCGCUCACUACCUUCUUGCCCCUUCGCGGUAGUUUCCGCAAAAGAAACGAACGGUGAACUUUGUCGCUACGGCCGGUGCGUCGUAGCGCAACGCCGGUGUCGUUUGGAUCUUCUCUUCUACGAUUGCGAUCGAGGGAAGAUCUCUGGCUGCGUAAACACGAGGCUGUCACUCGGAAACCGUCCCCCCUUCUUAUCUCGACCUCAAAAAAUUCCGGAGUGGAUUCUUUGUUUUUCUACGAUUGACGCCAAGGAGAAGCAAAGUUCAUCCUCAUUUUCCGAUGUAUCGCCAAAGAGUUUGGGACGGAGGAGGCGGUCUUCGAGAAGCGAAGGAUGAUCCUGUUGCCAGUCUGAAAAAGGAUCUUCACAAAAGGGGGAGGGAUAAGGAGUCCAUCAUCCACACCGCGCUCGCUGUUUUCUCUCUCUCGGUUCUUUUGUGACGCGAUCGGGGAGGAGACGAUCGCACGACGACGGCAAGAACAGCGUGCGGCAGGCGGAGCAGGAGGAAGAGGAGGAGGAGGUGACGGUCGAGGUGGAGAAGGAGGAAGGAGUGCCUUCGUACAGCGUGAAACGUAAAGGAUGCUUUUGGGAGAGUGGCGGGCGUGCGCGCGUGCGUGUUGCGCGCAUGCGAGAGACUUUACACGCACGAGCACGCUCGGCGACGGGCGAGCGCGUGUAUCAUACGUAUGAGUGAGAGAGAGAAAGAGAGAAUGUGUAUAACAAGGAAAGAGUGUGUAUGCAUGCGUGAAAGAGAGAGAGAAAGAGGGAGAUCGCGCGCGAAGUAGCACGAGGGGGGAGAAGUACCGCGGCGGCCAUUUUGGAGAACGCGAGAGAGCCGGCGGGAGAUUCGAAGCUACCGGAAACUCAGGCUCUUCUCGUUUCUCUACCCAUUCUUCCCUUUGUCGUCGAGUACGCGAUCCGUCGUCCGUCAGCGAAUUCACUUUGUACCGUUUUCACGAUGCUCGAUCGUUGCAUAAAUCGUUUCCGCGCUUGACGAUCUUGCCGUUAGAUCGUAGAAAGCGAAGGGCCCCCCCUUCUUUCUUUCUCGACAGUGAACGGCAGUGCCGAUUUUCUUCUCUACGCGAAUUCGCGUAGGUAUGCGAUUUCGCUUGUUCGAUACGAAGCGUUCGCUUUGCAAGUGACGUAAAUCAAGUUUCGAAAAUUGUUUCCUUGACACAGAUACACCCCUGGAUACGCGCGAGGUGAUUUUUGCGCUCCGUGAUUCUCCGUGAAUAAAAUUUAAACGCCUCGUGCCAAGUUGCGAGGAUCGUUACAUUCGUCGAAUAUCGACGAUUCCCCGCGACUCAUCGCCGGCUCUUUUUUUCGCGAACGAGGAAGACGAUUGUGUAUUUUUGCGAGUCAAUCAAAACGGGAGAUUCUCAUCUUUUCGGCGCGAUCGCGCCGGAAGGAACCGCACGAGACCGACUUACAUGUGAUAAGCGCAAUCAAACCGGGAGAUCACGUUUGCCUUUUACAGAAUGCACUUUCGCGAGAGAGACUCGAGCAUUCCGCUAGUUUUGGAAACUUCUACACUUUGGUGCAUACGAAAGAUUGACAAAUUAAUUAAUUCUUAAGGAACACAUUACGGUGCUGUACUAUAGCCGCGCGCAGAAAACAUGCAUUAGGGCAGUCUGUUAUAAUAACGCGUAUUCUAACGUACACCAGACGACAGAAUCGAUCGACGACUGCUAAAGCGUCGAAACGAGCUUGAUUUAUUAAGUAGCGUAUGUCUCGCGUAUUAUUUUUUUUUUUUAAUUAAAAUUACAUAGUUUCAAAUCUUUACGAUAUAUGAUUGAAUUUUGGACAGUUAAUGUCCAAAGUUGAAAGAUUAAAAUUAAAGUAUUUUUCUAAUUGUGAUUGGUGAAAUGCAAUUAUAUAUGUAAAUAAUGAAGAGGCGCAAUCCGUUGCGCCGAGUACAUAUGUAAAAUUUUUUAAUUGUUAAAAUUGUAAAAAUAUGUACAGAUUGUUUCUGUAUCUUCCAUAUACGUACUUUGAACCGAUUGGAUUGAAGGAUUAUUUGAAUAAAGAGAUAUACAUAUUAUCUAAUAUUUAUAUUGCGUUGGAAACUAUCGGCAGAAGACGCGUUCGCUACGAUCGUAUGCCUCGCCCGUGCGUGCAUCGCGAUUAAACAUUGUUCGAUAUUUCUUCUAAGAGCAUCGAUAUUUUUCUCCGACGUGCCUCGACGUCGCUUCGCCCGCAACGCGUUGGUCGGACGGUACCGAAGUAGCCUCGGUUUUAACCCCGCUUUUUGGAGAGAAACCAGCGCUAUUAAGUCUGUACAAAUAGAUUAGUGUUUCGGGAGCAAUCGUGCGUGUUGAACCUGUCGAAGAAUCAUCCCUGGGCGAAAAGGACGGACGCGGUGUACGCUCGCGGUGUGAGAAACGGCCCUAUGUAAUCGCCUAACGCGUGCUGAUUAUUCCGGAUCACGCCUGAUUUACCGACUUACAGAAUCGACGUAAAUCACGUAAUUAUACGAUUGAUCAGAUCACGCUUAUUAUCACAGGAUACUCGAGAAAUUGAUUCUAACUAGUCUAUCUCGUCCAACCAUCUUUCACAGAAUAUGAUUUGUCGUAAAUAGUUUUUGUCGUAAAAAAAUUCAAGAAUAUGAUAGACUUUUUGCAAAUUGGAACGGCGGAUGACGUACUUAAAAGAAAAAACGAAAAAA